CACCACCUACUGCGCACUCGCGUGGUGACAACAAAAUCAUGGCCUUCUGCUCAUAUUACACGCCAGUGGGUGAGCUCGUAUCAAUAAUCAGGCUACUCUCCCAAAUCGCCACCAUCAGCCGGGUCACUACAAAAGAAUGACUAUCUUCUACGAUGGCUGACAUUCCAACAUGCUUGAGAAUGAGCAGUUUCUGACUGGCGACAUCCUUCUCUCGUCCUCACAGACUGGCUGACAAUAAUGGCUUUCCUGCCCUUGACAAGACUACAGCUAUGCGGUAGUGCUGGGCUAUGGACGUUUACCGCAAGGCCAAUGAGAUCCUUGGCGGGUGUCGGCAGCGGAUAGCGAGAGAAAGGGUUGCUUACUCAUCGAGGAGUCACCAUCACGACGAACCCAACUGCAAGAUCGCAAAAGAAAAUACAGGAAUCGCGAUUGCCAUUGGGGAGCCAUUCAAGGCUGAACGAAAUAGAAGAUAAUCGCAUUCCUGAGCCCUUCCUCCCUCUACUUCCGCCUCGCCCGCCAUGUCCAUCAAAUCCGUAGUGCUCCUCGGAGCAGAUGGUAAUCUCGGCCCAUCCAUAUACGCUGCUCUCCAGAAGAACGACUUCGACAUUACAGUACUCAAGCGCAAAUCCUCCAAGUCCAAGACCACAUACCCAAAGCAAGUUAGCGUGUCCGACGAGUUCCCUGUCGAUGAACUCGUACCAGUCCUCCAAGGCCACGAUGCAGUCAUAGUCACUAUCCGAGGCAGCGACCCAGCCUUACAAAACCGCAUCGCCGACGCAGCAGCACGCGCUGGUAUUAAACGCUUCAUCCCCGCCGACUUCGGCUCCGUAGACUCCUCUAGCCCUCUCACCCAAGACCUCGUCCCUCUCUACCGCCUCAAAACCUCCAUCCGCGAACACCUCAUCUCUCUCGCCUCCUCUUCGCAACAAAGCAAACAACAACAAAAUUCUCUCCAUGAAUUCACCUGGACAAGUCUCGUCUGUGGCCACUUCUUCGACUGGAGUCUCGAAUUCCUCCACAUCGAUCUCGCGAACCGACACAUGGAAAUUCUCGAUGAUGGGAAUACUACCUGGUCGGCAAGUACACUUGAUCAAAUUGCGCUCGCGACGGUAGGAGUGCUGCAACGUCCGGAAGAAACGAGGAAUCGCAUGUUGUAUAUUCAAAGUUUUUGUGUGUCGCAGAAUGAGGUGUUGCGGGCUUUUGAGAGGGCGACUUCUUCGAGUAGUGGUAGUAGUAGUGGAGAUGGGAACGAUGAAGGCGGGGAAAAGAAAUGGAAGGUGACGAAAUUGGACUCGAAGGUUUAUCGCGAGGAAAAGGUGAAGAAGAGGGAUGAGGGGGAUAAGCAGGCGAUUGAGGAUUUGGUGUGGUUGUUGGGUGCGCUGGAUGCGAAUUGGGAAGACAGGAAAGAUUUUGCGAUGAAGGACUUGGGAUUGGAGAAUGAGGAUUUGGAUGAGGUUGUGAGGAAGAUUGUGGAGAAGCAGGAGCGGGAGUAACACCGUAUCGCUGCUUGCUUUGUCCUUACGUCUUCCUUGCGGGUAAUAUGUAGUAGCCUGAGAGCUCUGAUCGCCUUUCAUCAGGUCAUAUAGCAAGUACAACACUUGAACUACCUAUGCUAGAGUACAUCCAUACAUACAUAUAUAUAUCG